ACAAUUUGGGGUCUCUGGAAUAGUUAGGUUUUUAGCCGUAACGCUUUUUGGCGCUAAAUUCAGAAUUGCGAACCCGAUCAAUAAUCAUUUUCGGUCAUUUUUUUCCUUUCUUGGAAUAGAUAGAUGGUAUAUACAUCUGUUCAUUGAAAACAGAAAACGAUUAUCUUCGAAGUAUCGAAACGGGAGUUUUAAAAAAUGAAAAUUUGUUCCCGAAGGUUAUAAUAAAAUUUUCACAUUCAGUUCGGGUUUGAACUAAAGUUUGAACUGUCAACAUCGAUUUGCAUGUGGCCAGUUUCAGUUUGUUGACAGAAACAAGCAAUGUUUGCUGCCACACAGAGCUACAUCCCUGGGCUGAAUCAGAGACCGGUCACCCCGCCAUCAGAAAGUACAGCAUCUAAGAUCCCAAAAGAGAUUCCUAGGGAGCUCAUAGAAAAUUUUAGAAAUGGAUCCAAGCAGCCGAUCAGUGCCUUAAAUGAAUACUGUUCAUUAAAAAGACUUGUAGUUUCAUAUCGCGAGGAUGCAGUUUUGACCUACACAUUCAAGCAGACGUUUGCCUAUGUUUGUAAUGUGGACGGUAAAGAGUACCCACAAGGCAUUGGUUCCACCAAGAAGGAAGCUAAAGCCAACAGUGCCAGAAUCGCUUUCAACAUCAUCUUAGGGUUUGAUAAAGAAGAAAUUGAUGAGGAUGAUGGGUCUGUAAUGUUUGAUGCGAUGGGGAGGAAACUAUUAACAGAACCUGGAAGAAUUACCUCCCAUGAGAAACCUCUCAAAAAAGAUGAGUCAAAGAAUCCCAUUAACAAACUUCAAGAAUAUUGUGCCCAUAAAAUGCUGCCAUUCAAAAUAGAAGUUGGUGACCAAGCAGGCCCACAAGGGUUUGGUGCUGCAGUGUUUGUACGGGAUGAGUUUAUUGUGGAGGCGUUCGCCAAUUCCAAGAAGGACGCCAAGAGGAGUGUUGCUGAACAGGCCCUGUACAGACUGAUGGCCAAUGAUGAGGUAAUCAGAAGUCAAACUGUUUCAUUGACCAUAGAGGAUAAAAUGGCAAGUGUUUGUUUUAAACACGCCCAUAAAGUUCUCCAAAUGGUGCCAGAACUUCUUCAGAAGGAACUUCAUCUAGCUGCAUUUAUUGUCAGAAGAGGUGAUGCUGUGGGUGAUGUGGUGGCCCUAGGGACGGGGACACGGUCUCUGUCCAGUGAAAGCUUUACCAUGGACGGCCGGAGUCUCGUGGACAGUCACAGUGUAGCCACGGCCAGGAGGGCACUUCUCAAGUACCUGUACAAGGAGGCCAAGAGUUUUUAUGAGGGUAGCAAAGUGCUGUCCAUAUUUGAACAGGAGGCGGAGAACUCCAUCUUCCUGAAGAUAAAAGACUACAUCUCUAUUCACCUGUACAUCAGUCAUCCGAGCUGUGGGGACUACGCCUAUUAUGUGGAGGAAAUGCCGAAUCGACCCCUGACCCCUACCACGGAUGGCCUAGUGAGACAGGGUGCACAUGUACCUGCUUUUGGUGAUGACCUACCAGGCUGGUUUUGUACAAAGAAUGAAGAUGGUAUGGUGGAGCCUGUUGAGGAGCAUCAGAAACCUCAGGUUGCCGAGGCGUUUGAGGCGGGGGAGGACCUCUUGGUGAUGUCCUGCAGUGACAAAUUGUUACAGUGGAAUGUGUGUGGCCUCCAGGGGGCGCUGCUCAGCUACUUUGUGGCUCCUGUUUACCUCUCCUCUAUCAUCGUGGGUAAAGGUUAUGAUCAUGGACAUUUUUCUCGGGCUGUGUGCUGCCGAGUGUAUGACAUUUUACAGGAAUCUCUGCCACCAAAAUUCAAAAUAAAUCAUCCUGUUUUGUCCCACCCAAAUCUGGUCUCGCCUUAUCAGGGGACACAACCCACACAUCUCAGUGCCAACUGGUCCGAGGGGGACGAAAAAGUUGAGGUUGUCAAUGGAUUUAAUGGAAGAACGGAUAAGAGUUCACCCCAUGUAGCAGGACCCACAGGAGCAAGCCGAUUGUGUAAGGCAGGAUUUCUACACAGAUUCAGGGAGUUAGCAAAAUUAACAAAGCAGCAUCAGUUUUUAAAUUUAGCCUCCUAUGCAUCAGCCAAAAAAUCUAGCCAGAAGUAUCAGACUGCAAAGCACGCCUUUAGACGACACUGUGCUCAAAUAGGGAUCGGGGAGUGGGUAAAAGUGCCACCAGAGAUUGACUUGUUUCAGAAGUAAAUCACCAGGCAGGAAAACUCAGUUCUUGUUGUAGAAUCUUCGGUGCUUAAUCCAUUGUUUACAUCUACUGUACAUCUACAAAUGCAUAUAAUGUGCAUGUAAUUUGCAAAUCAUACUGCACCAUAGGAGACAAAGUUGCCAGUUUAUUCUUUAUAUCUUACUUCUAUGAUUACAGUCAUCAUUUCUCAGUUUACUGGUGUUAUUUCAAUACAUUAACCAUAGUUUGGUAUUUUUCUUUGUCAAAUUUUUUUUUCUAGUCUUGGGAGAUUUCCCUUUUCUGUGGUUUUUAAUACUUUGGUAUUUUUUGUUAAUUAAUAAAGGUGAAAACAUCUAUGACAGUGAUAGGAAAUGUUACCAGAAUUUGAUUUUCUGUUUCUAUUUAGGACAAAUAUCAAUGUUUACUUUCUUUUUAAAAUUCAUUUGCUCUUUAAAGUUUGAAAUCAUGUCACUAAAUGUCUUCAGAAAAGAAUUGUAAUAACAUUUUUUCAGUAAUUUGUAUAUUUUUUUGGUCUUCAUAGUUUUAGAACCAUUUUAACAAAACCUUGGACUUUCGGUAGGACGUAGCUAUCUAUUUCUUGCAUCAUAACAAGUUAAGAAUGACGCUGGUUUCAAGUGAAAUAUACACAAAUUGCGUAGUCUUAGCUAAAAAAAACAGACAAAUCUUGUUGAUUUCAAUUAUUUAAAGACUUGUGGCCAACAAUGAAAUAUACAUGCCUUAGUCAUAAUGCUGUUUGACACAACUACCCAAAGUCCAAGCUCCUAUUAAAAUGGUUCUAUUUUCAUAGUUAUUCAUUAAUGUAGAUUCAUACCCAGGUAGUGGGAUGAAAAAUUGUUUUGCCUAAAUUUUACAUUCAAUACUCAAAUCAAAUUUAAGUGCCUUAAAGUAUUGCAGAGGGCAAUUUUUUUAUGAUUGAUUUUUUUUAGCUGAACAUCAUACUGCAUCAUUAUUCAUUUUUCACCUCCAACAUUUAAGUUCUAAUGAGUUGAUUGUUUAUGACACUGCACUUGAACAGUGAUCAACAUAUCAUAAUUGAUCAGCUCUUAACCUUUGACCAACUGUGUUAUUGCGUUUCAAAUGCUGUAGAUACCCUCACAGUGUAUAAACGAAUAUACUGGUAUAUGGAAAGUAAAUAGUGUUAGAACCAUUUUAAGAAAACCUUGGACUUUUGGUAUGACGUUACUAUCUAUUUCUUGCAUCAAAACAAGUAAAUAAUUUUGAUGUGAAAUAUGCACAUGUUGUGUAGUCUUAAGCCCAAAAGCCAGACAAAUCUUGUUGAAUUCAAAGAGCCAUAGCGACAACAAAAUAGAUAGGCUUACAUCACAUUGCUAUACUAGUAUGUCACAACUACCCAAUGUUCAAGCUCUAGUUCUUUAUGAACAAAAGUAAAAGUGAAAAAGAUGGAUGAAUAAGGCAUGUAAAAUGCCCAUAUGAGGAAUGAUUAGAUACUGCAAAAUUAAAAUAUCUUUAAAUCUGAUACUUUUUUAAAAAAAUAAUUAAAAACAAUGUAUAUUUAACGUAACAUCGGUUUGUAACCCUUAAAUAUUUUAAAUACUUGCAACAGGUUGAUUUAAACUGGCGUAUUUGUGUCGAAACCUCCAAAUAGUGUCAUUUUUUAAACUUUCUUUUAUAGAGUGGGUCUGAGCUCCAUAUUUUUGUCAUAGUCUAAAUGCGUUUUAAUGGAAUUUAAAGCAAUUUUAAUCAACAAAAAUGUGGAGAGAUGACCCACUAUACUUUAAAAAUGUCAUUUUGUAGCCCAACAAUUGAACAUUAUAGAAAAAUAGUACAAGUCCGUAAAUUCAUGGCCAACAUCUCAUAUAGCAUUAAACAACGUAAUUUGUUGUGAGUGUAAUGGCUCAGUGGUUAGAGCACCAGACAUUAGGUAAAUUUAUAGAACUUUGGUUUUUAGAUUGUGGGUUCGAUACCACCAAUACUUAAGGAUUUAUUAUUUUUUUCUUAUCGUUUUUUGAAAUAUUUCAAACUGAAUAUAGUUAGAAAUUACCCUUUUGUAAACUUGUAUUAUAACAUAUCAAAUAUAUUCAAUUGAAAAAAAUGUUAAGUUUGAAAUUGUAUUUUACGACUAAACCAAAUGGGCAGUUGCGCCAUCUUAUUCCCCCAUAUUCUUAUACUUUCUUAACCAAGAACUCUAUGCUUCCAUAGGUCAAAUACAUGUAUAAAGGUUAAAAAAAAUCAUUUGUUAGCAAAAUUUUAGAAAUAAGCCCAUUUAAAAUCUACUUGUAGUUUACUUUGUUCAUGACAUUGUUCAAGUUUUGUAUGAUUUCUCUGUUGAUUUAGUUUUCUUUUAUUGUAUAAAAUUAUUUACAAGAGUACUGAAAGCAAGUUUAAUAACAACUUACAUUUUUUCUUUUAUGUGUUAAAAGUUAUUUUCUUGUCAUUCUUGUAAACAGUUUGGAUAUGACAAAUAGAUGACCUCUUUUGAUUUUGAGAUCAAAAGGUCAAAGGUCAGUAAGUUUAUCAAUAUGCACCUGUAAUUUUUCAAGAUACUACUUUUAAAACAGCCCAACAUCACAUCUUUAUGCAAAGAUUGCACAAGGCAUAACAAACGGUUACCCUUUUUGAUUUUCAGACAUAAAUUCAUUAAUUGAAAGGUAAUAGAAUUUCAUUUUAAAUUGUUUUGUUUUGAUCACAGAACUUCUAUAAAAAAUCUUGAUUUUGUGACUUCAGAAUUUUGUUUACUUCAAGAAUCUUUUGCAGAAGGAAAAUGAUCAACAUAAAGUAAAAAUGUUUUAUGGGUUUAAAAAAAAGGUCAAGUGAAACUUUGUAUUUUGAACUUCAAGAUAUUCUUGCAUUUUGUUAUGUUCUUUAGUUUAUUGUCCAAUGUCUACAACAUGACUUAAUCAGUAUUGAACAUGACUUGAGCCCAGUUCUGAAGGCAGUCAAGAUGUACAUGUACAUAUACGUAUGCUUCUCUACCACACUCCUUUGUUUUACCUCUUCUUUGUAUGUUUCAUAAUUAAGAAAUUCGCUAAAGUAUACUAAUGCCAUGUAGAGGGUAAAACUUUAUCUGAACUGGUGAGAUCAGUCAGUUAAUUAAAUGCUCUUUUGUUGGUUCGUGCGUUGGCACGUUGUAUCAUCAGUUUUUCAAAGUUGAAGGUCAAAACUUCGUAAGCACAUUGAAAAAAAAUAUUGAAAAAACCUAUAUGAAUUAGAGAUGUAUGAUAUACUGUAGACUUAAGGUCAGACGACACGUUCCUCAAUUUUAUAUAACUUUUUCCAGGAAUUUGUUGAUGGUUUACAACUACUCUGACAAGCUUUCUUGCAAAAAAUUAGGGUACCUUACCAGGCAUUUCUGCAAAAUACUAGAGUAUGCAAUUUCCUACAUAAUCUUCUUGGAAAUACACUUGAAUUGCUGAUAUAAAAAUAAAUACAUGUACAGCACAGCAAAAUUCACUAAUAUUGGAAAAUCUAUCUCGGCCGGGGCGGGGCUUUGAACUCAAGACCUCUAGAACCUUUACGCCUCUGCAAGUGCGCGGCCACUGUUCUAACCACUCGGCCAUCUAGACACAUAAUCACAUCCAAUUAAAUCUUAAUCAUUUUUAAAAUAAUUAUAAAAUUAAUAUUUUUUAUUGGAACUCUUUAUAACGAGGAGAUACAAAAAAGAUUCUCGAGGAACGUGUCGUCUGACCUUAAGAAUUAAAUGUAUUACAUUAUUGAAGCUUCCUUGAAUAAUGAACUUCAGACUUGCAAACUGCAUAUAUAUUUUGUACUGAAGUACAGAACUGUAUUAUAGUACCCUGUAGAACAAGUCAGAAGUCCAUCCACUCAUAUCCCACGUCACAAGUCGCACACAGUCAACAUACAUAGAGGCAGAUAAAGAAAAGUGCCAACAUGUGCUCGAUGCCUAGAAAAACCGCUCACCUCAAUUAUAAUUAUUGAAUACGAAAAGCAACGAGUGCCAUAUAAAAAUAUAUUUUUUUUGUAACGAGAGAGAAGGAUCUCAUUAUUAUGAGAAAACCGUUAAAUAACCAUGAACUGUAAAGCCUCAAGGCACGUAGGAUUUAAACAAUUAUAUCAUGACAUGAAUUUCCCACAUUUUUCUUAAAUAUGAGGAAACGUUCAUAUUUUGAAGAAUUUUCUAGAAAAAUCUUAACUUUGUGCGAGUUAUUUAAGUUUGUUUUAUUGAUAUAUACAAUCGUGUUGUUAUUGAGCAAUUUAGUCAAAUUGGUGUUAUUGGGUUUUUUUUCCAUUUUGUAAUGUAGUAAUGUUCAUUGCAAAAAAUUGUGUUUUUUCAUAAUUUGGAUCAUAAACUAGAAAUAAUUUUAAAUAUGAACACGUCGUUAGGAAGUGAAUUGCUCGACACAACAGUUACGGCAUGAAGAACAAGGAACUUCCCUGUGUACCAUUCCACUGCUUGUCUUGAUCAAAUUGUGUUCAUACGUGUAAAUAUUUACGUUUUUCAGUUUUUUUAUAUAUGGUAACACUACAGAUCGAUUUUGUAAUGUAUAGUCCAAUACAUUUCAUUAAUAACUAUUUUUAAUACUAAAUCUUACUAUAAAAAUAAUUGCUGAAAAAUAUAAACUUAAGAAAUAAGGAAUCAAUCUUUGAAUAUUAUGAGUUCGGGGAGGGGGGGGGGGGGUGAUCAAAUCUAUCAUAAAGCCCCUCGGGCUUUGUUGGAUUUGAUCACCCCCAACCUUAUUGGAUCAUCGCAUAAUACUCGAAGAAUAAACCUGAUAUAAAGCUAGGAUGUCAUGUCAGAAUGAUACAAUAAUUUCACUGCAUUUGUUCCCACCCACCUCCUCCUUUCAGCUUGAGUAUUGUGAACGUUGAAAUAAGGGUGUAACUCUGGUUCAAGACUGUGACAGAACUCUAUACUAUGGGUCACAGCUGUCUUAUAGUGAAGUAAGUCCAUAGGUCAGUUGGAUUACUUUUCAUGUACUCCACAUAUCUUACAUUGUACAGUUUCUUUAGGAUGAAAUUAAUGAUUGGUGAUGAUAGUUAUUGAUGUCAAUAAAUGUAUAUGCAAUGUUUCUAAAGCUACAAUAACAUUUUUUAAUGUAAA